AUGGGUUCUAUCGGGCAGCUCUGUGGGCUCUUAGGCGUAGCCGCUGUCGCUACCGCCUCUUACAGCAACAGGCCCGACUAUGCCAGUCGGUUCACGUUCGCUGCUCCCUAUGACCAGUCCUUUCUGGAGGGGUACUCGAUCUUGAAACAUAUCGGAGGCCUUGGACCGUAUAGCAACCGCAUGUCCUACGGUAUCGGUCGAGAUCCCCCCGACGUCUGCACCGUUGACCAAGUCAUCAUGAUCAGACGCCAUGGUGAGCGCUACCCACAGGGUAGCGACGGAGUGAAGAUCGAAGCCGCACUUGACAAGCUCUACAGCUCGAAGAUUACGGAGUGGAAGGGUGACCUUACAUUCUUGAAGUCUUGGGAGUAUUAUGUGGAUAGUGAGGGUCUUUACGGACUGGAGACUGCCACUGGUCCUUAUAAUGGGCUGCUGACAACGUAUAAGCAUGGUGCUGAGUAUCGGGUUCGGUAUGGCCAUUUAUGGGAUCAGAGUCAUAAUAAGACUGUUCCGGUGUGGACCAGUGAGUUUGAGCGGGUGGUGCAGACCGCUCGCAAAUUUGGCGAGGGCUUCUUCGGAUGGAACUAUACUGACUCCGUCUCUCUAAAUGUCAUCUCCGAGAGCGAGGACAUGGGCGCCAACAGCCUCACGCCUGUGUGCCCAGUAGACGACCUUGAAAAAUGCGAGAGUCUCAGCUCAGACUUGCCUGCAUUCCGUGUUGCUGCCGAUCGGCUCAAUAAGCAGAAUCCAGGACUCGAUCUGAAUUCGACGGAUGUCUACCAGUUAAUGUUUAUGUCGGUCUUUGAGCUUAAUGUUCGUGGCUACUCUGAUUGGACGGAUGCUUUCACUAUGGAUGAGUGGAAGUGGUUUGGAUAUACGCAGGAUCUGAGUUUCUAUUACUGUGCUGGACCCGGUGAUCCAUAUUCCAAAGCCGUGGGCGCUGUAUAUGCCAAUGCAUCAUUGACUCUACUGAAUCAAGGACCUGAGAAAGCGGGCACCAUGUAUUUCAACUUUGCCCACGACACCAACAUCACCCCCAUCCUAGCAGCCUUGGGUAUCGCCUCCCCAGAAAAGGACCUCCCCCUCGACAAAAUCCCAUUCCCAUCAUCCUACGAGAUCGGAAACAUCAUGCCAAUGGGCGGACAUCUAACACUCGAAAGAAUGAGCUGCAAUGCAACCGCAGCGACAGAGAAAGGGGUCUACGUCCGCGUUAUCCUAAACGAAGCGGUAGUCCCAUUCAAUUCUUGCCAGGAGGGACCUGGGUUCUCGUGCUCGCUGGCCAACUACACUGACAUGGUCAAUGAGAUGCUUCCUGACUUUGUGUCGGAGUGCAAGAUUAAUAGUACCAUGCCGCAGCAUCUUUCGUUCUGGUGGGAUUAUAAUACGACGUCGACGUAUAAUCAUCAGACUGCGAGGUAUAUCCCGUUCCAGGGGGAUACUUUUGUGUAG